GAUUUGAGAGGUUAUGUACACACAUGUGCAGUAGUGCAGUUCCUUUGACAGUCAUUAAUGAAAAAGUCUCUCUUUUUUCAUGUGUUCAAUGCAGGGUUAUCUAGUGUCAUACAAUCACGAUAUUCUUCAAGUCAACAGGGGAGUUUGGUGAAAAUUAUCACUGUAUUGAUCAUGUUUUAUUUAAACUUCAUGUCCUCUCGUACUUUCUAACUCUUCAUCUUUUAGAGACUCUAUUGUAGACGUCUGUCUCUGUAAGUGAGACAUGGACUACUAGUAACUAUUCUUUCGUGUCAGGGUGCAAGAAUUUCAGCAACAUGGUCGGAAAGGAAAAAGACCUAGCAGAAAUUUCAUCUGCACAUUUAUCUUCUGGUGUACGUGAAGAUUGCGAGGAACUGUUAAGGCGAUUUUCAAGUAAACCAACUGUUAGAUUUCAAGACUUUAUACAAGUAUGGCACGAAAUGGGUUUUAACCACAUUUUUAGUGGUAGACCAAAUUUCCGGGAGUUACUUGAAUUUGUUGAGGAACUUUUUGCAGUUGCAAAAGCAUUCAUGUUUUCUCCAUACCCAUAUCGCACACGCAUUGGAGGAAUCUACAUCAUGUAUGGUCUAUACUUUAAACAGCCAUUCAAUGACAAGAUGGUUUCAAUCAAGCUAGAUCUAAAAGAAUGGAAAGAAUUGGUAUCCUUUGUAGAACUGCUAGUCAAAGAUGAACACUUUGACACCUUCUAUAUAAUGCGGACUUUGGUGGAGAAACAUGCUUUCUCUUACGAAGCGAGCAGCAUUCAGUAUGGAUUUGAUAGGUUUACACGAGAAAAAUUGGCCACCCAGACCAGAACUCAGCAGAAGUUUGAUCCUAUGAAGUAUGGUUUCUCAUUAUUUGACGAGACCGACUUUGUUGACGAAUGGUCGAAGUUUGAAACCAUGUACCAUAAGCUACGGAAUGAAUCUGAGAUCUUAUCAGCCAGUGAGUCACAUAUUCCAAAAAAUUGGCCUGUAGAAGUACUACAUUCUGUAGCAUCGGCAUCCAUGUGUGUUGCUCCAACAGUUCCAAGGAGAAUGGAUACCCUGUCUGAAGAUGAGGAUGAUAACUUUUUGUUGAACAUUGGUAAACGUCGGUCACUUCUUAAAAAUAGAUCAUUUGCUGCAAAUAAGAGCACCGGCUCAACUGGAAAAAUUAAGAAGAUGCGCAAGGGUAAAGGCAAUGUGCGCAGGUGACAAGCUCAUUUACAAGCGGACUAUUGAGCAAGUGUUUUAACAAGUCCCUCAUCACAGUGAAAAAUUUCAAGCUAUAAGCCGGCCAUGAAGUCUUGAGGAAAAUCAAUGUGGUUUCGACUCCAAUAUUGAUAGAUUUAUUGCAGUCAACACAAGUGAAAAUUAUGCUUUUUCCACAUGUUGGUCCUCUUGACCAGAGAGGUUUGAUAUUGGGAGUACAUGAUAUUCAAUCUCUUAGAGCAUCACAAGUCUGAAGACUUCACAAAGUGUAUGUUUAUCUACGUAUCCUCAUGAGAAGCCUUGAAUACGGCUCUUGAGAAAUAUCGAUUUCCAAUUUUUCUGUUACAUUAAAUUUGUCUAUUGAUCCUGAUUGAAAGUCAUAUUUACACCAAGCUUCAACGAGCCACUGUAGGCGUUAAAGUUUCAAUAGUUUGCUUCGUAAAUAAAGCUGAGUCAAGCCAGCUCUUUGAAUCAUUAUAGCUGCGCUGGUUUCAUUUGACAGACAAAUUAUCGAAACUUUAAAAGCAAAUUGUGCAAACACGCCUUUAAAUCCGGACUAAUAGACAAGUUUAAUGCAAUAAGAAAAUUAGAAAUUGGUGAGGGUACACAUUUCUGGAAGCGGUGUGCAGGGUUCCAUAGUGCUCUGCGGUAUUUAAACCGAAGAUAUUCAAAUUUAAGAUUAACUAAUUUUUUAUAUUAUUAAAUAUAGGGUGGCCAAUAAUAGGGGCGGCAGAAAUUCAUAAAAUGGCUAAUUAUGAACGAAUUUUUAUGACUUGUGAUAACCUGAAGAGUUUUGACCUGAGAUAUUCGAUUUUUGCUUAAAUUUUUUAGGAGUACUAAAUCUAAGAUGGCAAAAAAUUUGUCAAAACUGCACUUCCAAAAACGGCUGAUCACUGCAUUUUCAUGCAAUUUACAGUGGAAUUGAACACAAAAAAUUUGAACUUCAUGUAAUUUUUGUACUCUUUUUAAUCAAAGAUACAAAAAAAUUAUGACAUAGUUUUACUUUCUAAAAUUGCUGUUUACUGACAUAUUUUUACAAAUUUUGAAUCUGAAAAUCUUAGAAAUUAAGUUACUUUAAUUUGAGACUCAAUUUUGAAAAUUUUAAAAUUUGAAAGAGAAAAAACCCUAAGAAAUUGAGCUUUUUCUUUGAACAAGUUGAAUUUAUGUAGAAAGAACAAAAUGAUCAAACACUUAUUUAAAAAAAAAAAAAAAAAAAAAAAAAAUAGUCAGAAAAAUAGUAGGUAACAUCACAAUCAUAGAGCUUAUUCAGUAAUAAUCAACAACUUGAAAGUGUUUCUCUCGCCAAUUCGCUAAUCAUACAAAAUGCUUAUGCUUUCUUGCCUGUCUCGAUUUUUUUGUUGUAACUUGUCAAUUCAUUGAAGUAUACCAUCUCAUCUCCAA